GAUGAUGAUGAUGAUCCCGAUGAAUGGGACCAAAGAAUUAUUAAAACCGGAUGUGCAAAAGAGAAUCGAAAAUUACAAUUUUGCCAUGCAGAUACUGGUGAUUGGAGACAAUGUAUAAAAGAAAUGGAAGCAUUUAAAAAAUGUUGGAGCACAAAUCAUAACAAUGAAAGAACUCAUACAGUCGAU